AUAUAUGAAGCAGUGGUCUCUCUGUUUUAAGUAAGCAGUGGUCUCUUCUCUCUUGCUACCCAACAGACCCUCUUUUUCUCUCUCUCCCUCUAGACGCAACUUUUCUUGGCAAAGUAAGAGCAGAUGGGUAGCUUGGAGGACGAAAGAACAACAACAGGAUGGGCUGCAACAGACCCUUCUGGGGUACUCUCUCCUUAUACUUACACUCUCAGGAACACUGGUCCGGAAGAUGUUUUCAUCAAGGUGAUUUGUUGUGGAAUCUGCCAUUCUGAUAUUCAUCAGAUCAAGAAUGAUCUUGGCAUGUCCAAUUACCCCAUGGUUCCUGGGCAUGAAGUGGUUGGUGAAGUGAUAGAGGUGGGAUCCAAUGUGAGCAAGUUCAAGAUAGGAGACACAGUGGGAGUUGGAUGCAUCGUUGGAUGCUGCAGAAACUGUAGACCUUGCAAAUCAGACAAAGAGCAAUACUGCAACAAGAAGAUCUGGUCCUACAAUGAUAUCUACACCGAUGGUAAACCCACCCAAGGUGGCUUUGCUGGCUCCAUGGUCACUGAUCAAAAGUUUGUGGUGCACAUUCCAGAAGGGAUGGCAGUAGAACAGGCGGCGCCACUACUAUGCGCCGGGGUGACAGUGUACAGCCCAAUGGUUCACUUUGGGCUGAAAGAGAGUGGGCUGAGAGGAGGCAUAUUGGGCCUGGGUGGGGUGGGACACAUGGGGGUGAAGAUAGCAAAGGCUAUGGGACAUCACGUGACAGUGAUAAGCUCAUCUGAUAGGAAGAGAGAGGAGGCUCUGGAAGAGCUCGGUGCAGACGAUUACGUGAUUAGCUCUGACGCGACUCGGAUGCAAGAAAUCGCUGACUCACUGGAUUACAUAAUCGACACGGUGCCAGUGUUCCACCCACUUGAGCCAUACCUUUCUUUGUUGAAGCUUGAUGGGAAGUUGAUCUUGACGGGUGUUAUUAACACUCCACUCCAAUUUCUCACCCCUGUGGUCAUGCUUGGGAGGAAGAUCAUAACAGGGAGCUUCAUAGGGAGCAUGAAGGAGACAGAGGAGGUGCUUGAGUUCUGCAGAGAAAAGGGUCUUACUUCUCAGAUCGAAGUGGUGAAGAUGGAUUACAUCAACACCGCUGUUGAGCGGCUUGAGAAGAAUGAUGUCCGAUACAGAUUUGUCGUCGAUGUUGUUGCCAGCAAACUUGAUCAGUAAAAACCCUAAUUUGAAAAAGUUUAAGAACACGCAAAACUUAUUAUAGAACCGGACACGACUCACCUCAUGGGUUGUGGCCGAUUAUGUGAGUUUCAAACUUUGUGAUGAAAUUUUAAAUCUUCUAAUGAGGAAUGAAAGCUAUGUGUCCUUUCUUUCUCAAUAAGACAAAUGAGGUUGUGGUGGUGGUGGUGAUGUAAUAUUUCAGAUAACAUUAUUAAUAUUUUGUUCUUGUUUUUGUUUUUGUUUUUGUUGUUGUGAUCUAUACUAUUGGGCUUUGAGAAUGAAAAUGAAAGAUACCAAACAUGGUUGAUUAAUGGAA